AUGUUGGCAGCGGCCAAGUCGAAAACGCAUCCCCUCAAUGGGAUGCACACGGCCGGUAUUUUCGCCGACCCCAGUGUCGAUGGGCCCUUGAUCGGCACGCUGGUCGCUAUCGUCGACCGCGCGAAGAACUUGCCCAACCGCAAGACUAUCGGGAAGCAGGACCCCUACUGCGCUGCGCGCCUCGGCAAGGAAGCGAAGAGGACGACGACAGAUGUUCGAGGAGGUCAAACUCCAAAAUGGGACCAAGAGCUCCGUUUCGCCGUUCACGACUCCCCAGACUACUAUCAGCUCAAGGUUUCCGUAUUUCACGACGACAAGAAGACAGACCUCAUCGGAGAGACAUGGAUCGACCUGAGGGACAUCAUCGUCCCCGGCGGAGGACAAAACGACCUGUGGCGCAACUUGACCUUCAAGGGCAAGUACGCUGGCGAGGUGCGCAUGGAGAUCACAUAUUACGACAUCCGCCCGAAGCCUGAGAAACCCGUUGCGAAGCCGAAACCUGUCGAUAGCGACCUGUCCGAUACCUACUCAUCGCAGGGAACGAUCCCCCGCAAGCAGAUCAAGAGGCGCCCGUUGCCGUCCGACCCCUUCACAGGCGAGGCACCUGCCACCCCGUCCUCGGACCAAGCGCCGACUCCGCCACGCACUGGUGGUCCGCGAGGGCCCAAGGAAAUGAGCGCUUCGACAUCACCUGCCCCGGAGCCGAGAGAACAGAGUCUUUCUGGCUCCAGACCCAUGCCUUCGAAGAAGCCGGCGGCGGCGCAGAUCCCCACGCAGUCGCCUCUACAAGCCGUAGAGUAUAAUACCAACCCGGCCCCGGCAGCUGUGCCUCCGCCAAACCCUCGGAGCAGCCAGCUGGAUUUAUCUGCGCCGGCAUCACCAGCUGCCCUGCCUCAACCUCCAGAGGCUACGCCGCAGCAUACCCCCACGAGGCAGGAGCGCUAUGACAGCCCGCCUUCGCACCGUGAUGAGAGAGACUACAGCCCCAGGUUCUCGUCUCAGGACAUUGUUGAUCGUGCUCACUACCGUCAAGGCUCAGAACCGCCGCCCCGCGAUGCCUAUCUUCUCGAGGACCAGCGACAUGCGCCUGCUAUCGAGGAUGAGAGACCGCCGCCACCUCCUGCUCACCGCAGCCGCCACAACAGUGGAAACUCGCAGGAUAUGGUGGUGAGGGGCUCAUUCGAUACCCCGCCCAAGUCAGCCAAUGCGGCGAUGAGACAGGAUGUCCUCAGAAACGAGGCUCAUCGUUUAUCGUUCUCGUCAGCAGCAUACCCUGGUCGACCACAGUAUCGUGGCUUCGAUUCUGCACCGGCAAUCACGAACGCGCUCCCUGCUCCUAAUGACAGUUAUCACGAGUCAUCACCGAGACACCACUCCUACGAUGGCCAUGCCGAGUACAGAUCUAUGCAGCCGACCGUCGAGGAUGUGCCGGAAUCCCCCACUCCAUCUACCAAUAGCAAUGCACGAAGGACGUCGAGAGUGCCUCAGUACGACGAGCUGGGUUUCGGGAAGGAACAAAACCCAACGCCGCCGGCCCAGUCCAUGGAAGUUGCUCAUCGUCAACCUGCGCGCACUUCUCAGUACCAAGACGCGGGAUAUGACCGCGGCUACGAUCAAGUGCCUGCAACGGCACCCCUGAACAUCGGCAGCAGAAGCAACACGGGGUCUCGGCAGCGUGGUCAGUCCCCGAACCCUGUCUAUGGCAGAGGUGAAGAGAUGGGACAAGCUGGCCGCUACAGCACGUCGCCGCGACCGGAAUACCAGCCUAGGGGUGACGAACUUGUUUUCGCGGGACGUGGCUCCGCAUCCCCAGGCCACUUCAGCACGUCACCUCAGCCAGAGUAUCAGCAAGACUACCAGCAGCAACCGGAAUAUCAGCCGAGAGGCGAUGAGUUGGUGCUUGCUGGGAGGGGAAACGUUUCCCCGGCUCAUUACAGCACCUCACCGCAGCCGUACGCUCGGGGCGAUGAGAUGGUCCGUCAUCAGCAGGUGUCUCCCAUGUCUAUGCGAGAUCCGAGAGGCGACGAGAUGGCUCGUCACCAGCAAGUCUCCCCCAUCGCUACGAGGGAUCUCAGAGGCGACGAAAUGGUUCGCCAUCAGCAGGUCUCGCCUAUAGCCUCGCGGGAUUUCGCGCCCAGCCCGGGAGACAUGGCACCGUACAACUCACGAAGCCAGAACUCAUACGUCUCCCAGCGAUCCGAGCUUUCAGGCACUGAGAUCCAGGCGACGGGGGUUCCUUCUGUUCCAGCAUCUCUGGUACCGGGAGUGGACCCUUCCCUUGCUCAGGAUGUUUCCGAUCGCAUCUACGAGGACCGACGCCAGACAAGGCGGUACACGACCGAGAGCGUCACGACACCGACUCGCGGAAGACAGCACAGUCAACCUGUGGGGUACAACGACCAGACUUACGUCCCGCCUGGCCAUGAUCAUCGGUCGUCCAUGGCUUAUGGAGGCCAGAUGACCAGAGCGCGUGGUGCAUCGCCUCAACCUCCGCCUCAGCAUAUGAGAGGGCGAGGCGUUUCGCCGCAGCCGUAUGCCAACGACAUGAGAGGAAGAGGUGUAUCGCCGCAGCCGUACGCCAAUGAUAUGAGAGGACGAGGCGUUUCGCCGCAACCAUACGCCAACGAAGUGAGAGGAAGAGGAGUGUCGCCGCAGCCAUAUGCUAACGACAUGAGAGGAAGAGGCGUCUCUCCCCAGCCGUAUGCGCAUGACAUGAGAGGACGUGGCGUCUCGCCCAACCCGCAUCACGCUCGUGGCAUCUCCGUGAGUCCUCAUCCUCAACAAAGAGCCCGAGGUCUUUCGCCAGUUCCGCCCCAACAGUCGAGAAGGGGAAUUUCUCCCAGUCCUCACCACACGAUCAAGCGAAAAUCUGUCAGCCCUGUGCCCCCUCCGUCCGAGCAUCGCAGGUUGUCUGGAAUUCCGUUCGGACCAGACUCCUACGAUGCGCUGAACCCGACGGCAUCCAGUAUCAGCGAUGUUUCGAGGCCCGACCCCGACGAAAAGAUCAUUACCCACGACGGCCGUGAAAUCGACCCUUCGGAUCAUCUGCCCAUGGACACAUGGGCGCCGGAACCUGAGCCAAAGGGCCCGAAGACACCAGCUACGGCGUCCGUCCGUUCGAGGGCGUCUCCGGCUGGGGCCCAGCCAAUGCCUACCAGCGGUCGCCGGCAGCUUCGUAUCGCGGGUCGGCCGCAGUCGCAAGCGUCGCCUGUCACCUACCAUUCCGACCCGUACAAUACCCCGCCAGGACCGGGCAGUGGAGGACGAAACCGGCUGCAGAAGAGAACGCAACGCGCUCUUCCAUCCACGUCCCCAGGAGGUCACAGUCCGCUGGCCCCCAUCUCUUCCCACAACUACCAAGACAGUGGUAGCGACUUCACUCCGCCGCGCCUGCCACGAGCAAGCACGUGGGACUACCCCAGUGAGAACCACGCGCCUCAGUACGGCAGCUCUCCUGGCGGGAUGCGCGGAGGGCCCCCUAUCCCGGCCAAGAUUCCGUUGCCCGUCAUGAGCGGUGCCAUGGGCGGCGGCGGCGGCGACCAGGGCGAGUGGGCUCUCAUGGAGGAAAUGAGCCGCAUCGACAUCGGCGCGGGACGUUCUAGACGCCACAGGCAUUACUAG